AUGGUUUCUGUUAAGCAAAAAGGAAGCGCCUGCGACAGAGGGAGACUGUCGGAAGCCAGCAAUAGCGAGUCACUGUGUAGGGGUGGCCGGCUGACUUUAUUGUACAGAAGUUACUGGGUUGUUAAGCAGAUAAGAAGUUACUGGGUUAUUAAGCAGAUAAGGCGCCUGCGACAGAGGGAGACUGUCGGAAGCCAGCAAUGGCGAGUCAUUGUACAGGGCAAAAUGGGAAAAAGAUCUUCACAUACCAAUAUAUCUCUACAAGAACCAACUGCAAAAUAUCGUAAAAUACUCAAUCUGGCUUUGAAAGAAUCACAUGAUUCUGAAGUGUUGAGUAAGCUCAGAAGAAUGAAAAGGACGGCGGAUGAAGCAAGGUUACUACUUGACUGGGAGACAUGGAUGCAACAGAAGGCAGUGAUUUUAGUUUGCCGUUCUGUUCGUAAUACAAAUCUUCACAUCCAUGAGGAAAUAAAUUCUUUUGCGCAAAAUAAGACUUCUCAAUUUUUUUCUAAAAGCGAGAACUCAAGAAAGAGAAAAAUUGGUGAUCAAUCAGGUGGCGAAUUUCAUGAUGAUUAUGAAAGUGAAAAUGAAGAGUCUGAAGAUGAUGAUAUUGAAGAUAAUAGUGAAGUUCAUGGAAAUAAAAAUGGUGGUGAAAGCGAAGAUGUUGAAGAGGAUAAUCGUGUUAAAAUUGACAAGAAUGAAUUCGUCCAGGUGUUUGAGAAAAUACCAGAAUCAUCAAAAUUAAAAUUAUUAAGUUCUGGAAAAGUAGUCAAAAAUGUACUUUUUAAUUAUAUAAAGGAUAAUGAUUGCAAACAUCUCGCCUAUUCCUUUAUAAUAGAUUGUGAUGAUCAAAAGAUCAAAGAAUUAUUCAAUGACGAAGAAUGGAUGGAAUUAACCAAAGACCAUUUAGGCAUCUCCAGGUUCCAUAUUGCUAGCGAAAUUGCAAAGUAUGGGAAUAAAACCUUGAAACAACUACGUGAAGUCGUAAUGAAAUCUUAUCUUCCAAGUAAUGUUUCUUAUGAUAAUUAUCAACACAGCGAUUUAGAAUGGAUCCAGAUAGCGAUAAGAAUCAUUGUACAUUUAUAUGAGAACGAUGAUUCCCUUUACAACGAAAUCAUUAUGAAUAUUGAUCUUCCAUUGUACGAAUUGCCACAUAACUUUUCUAUUGAUAAAUUUAAGCAUAUUUUAAAAUUUCUGGUAUCGAUAUAUCAGUAUAAGACAAUAUUAAAGAAUAAUAUACAAGUUCUACGUGAGGAGGAAGAUCCUGAGGAAGAUCUCGAGGAAGAUCAGAAAGAACAAAAUAUCUUAAAUGAACUACUAAAUGUUGGUCAGCAACAAGUACCACCUUCAAAUACUAAUGUUAAUUAUUUUGCAGAUUGUUUUAGGAUUCCAAGAAAGCCAAGACAGAAAAAGGGAGAGA